ACUUCAGCAGGGCGUUAUUCAAACAUCCUGUUACUCGAUCUAUUGUUGGAUUGAUGACUAGUUAUUCUACAUUUCUGUGAAAACAAAUCUUUGAUUCACCAUUAUAAUGUUUCAUUAUAUCCCUUUUGACUUUUCCAUGUCGAGUCUUCUGCCAAAAGCUAUCAAAAGUACUCAGGAAUCGUUGUUGGAAUAGCAUUUUUAUCUUGGGUAUACGCUCUACAUGUAUCGCUUAUUGCAAGGUUACUAAUCUUACAAUUAACGAUUCGCAUUAUUAGCAGAACUCGACUUUCUUUGUUCCGAACGAAUCAACCGCGGCGUACCAAGAUCAUGAAGAUGGCGCCAUUUCAUCUGUUCUUUCUUAUCACCAUUCCUUUGUCGUCAGUAGCAGCGAGUGAAACUGUAAACCUUGAUACUAUAUAUAGUUUGAUAAAUCACACGUCGGGCCUUUUGGGGAAGAUGGUGUGUAUGAAUCCUGUGUCUUCGAUGUGUAUACAGUAUAGACAAAAUGGUCAGAUUAGAAGUAAUCCACUGGCCCGUCGAUGGAUGGAAGUCAUUAAUGAAGUAGAAGUGGAGGUUCGAAAUCGUAAUGGUCUAGCUUUAUGGAACUACGUCACCAACCUAACAGAAUAUAAUUUUGAGGAAAAACGCGGCGUUGAAAGAGCAACUGUUGCAUUAACAUCCGUGGCUCUGGAGCAGACUAAAUCCAUUAAUGUAGAUCAACCUGGAUUGGAUCCUCAAAUAAAACGAUUAUACAACUUUUAUGGGUCUGAUCUAUUCACCUUCAAUAAUCCAAGUCAACUCAGAUAUUAUGGCUUCAUACGAGAUGAAAUGAGAAGAAUAUAUCACAAUGGCAAGGUUUGUGCUGGUCGCACCUUUCUCGGUAGGCCUCAGACAAGCCACCGUUGUCUACAAAUAGAACCGGAUCUAACAGAUCUCAUGGCGAUGUCACGUGAUGCCAAUGAGUUGCUAUGGGCGUGGAAAGGCUGGCGAGAUGCAGUUGGUAGACCAAUGAGAGACCUUUAUCCAAUAUAUGUGAAUCUAUCCAACGUAGCUGCUGUGAAUAAAGGUUUUUCAAACGAAGGGGAAUCAUGGCUGCAUAGAUACGAAGACCCUGAUUUUGUUGAUGAUAUCGACUCUCUUUGGGAGUCUAUAAAGCCGCUGUAUUUACAAGUGCACGCUUACGUCAGGCGAAGACUCGUUGAUUAUUAUGGAUCAGAUGUUGUAGAUCCACAUGGACCAAUUCCUGCCCAUCUCCUUGGGAACAUGUGGGCACAGGAAUGGAAUAAUAUCUACGACAUCGUGGAACCAUAUCCGGGUCAUGGGGCAAUUGAUGUCACCAUUGAAAUGAAAGAUCUCGGAUGGACAGCAGAAAACAUGUUCACUGUUGCUAAUCAGUUCUUUACAUCACUUGGGCUUGAAUCAAUGCCAAGGAGUUUCUGGGCUAAGUCUAUGAUGGUUAAACCAAGAAAUCGUGAAGUAUCAUGCCAUGGAAGCUCUCUUGAUUUCUACAAAAAUAAAGAUGUGAGGAUCAAGAUGUGCACAGAAGUUAACAUGCAGGAUCUCUUCACUGUCCAUCAUGAGAUGGGACAUUGCCAAUACUACCUGCAGUACAGGAAUCAACAUGCCCUCUUCCGUGAUGGAGCCAACCCUGGUUUCCACGAGGCAGUAGGGGAUACUGUUUCUUUGUCGGUGAUUACACCAAGCUAUCUGCACCGAAUUGGUCUCCUCGAACAGUCUCUAUCCAAUCACACAGAAUCCAGUAUCAACUUUCUAAUGAAGGUGGCGCUAUUCAAACUGGUAUUUCUACCGUAUGGACUGCUUGUGGAUAAAUGGCGAUGGCAGGCUUUUAAAGGCGAAAUACAACCCAAUGAAUACAACCAAGCCUGGUGGAACCUAAGGAAACAAUACCAAGGUAUUCAGGCACCAAUACCACGCAGUCCUGACGACUUUGACCCAGGGGCGAAGUUUCACGUAGCAACGGGUACACCGUACGUCAGAUAUUUCGUUAGUUUCGUUAUUCAGUUCCAAUUCCACAAGGCACUGUGCGACGCUAAAAGAGACCAGGGCCCAUUACAUCUAUGCAACAUAUAUAAUUCUAAAGAAGCUGGCCGAAAAUUUAGGUCUAUGCUGAAGAUGGGUGCCAGUAAACCUUGGCAUGACGCUAUGGAGGUCAUGACUGGCCAACGCAAAAUGGAUGCCCAACCUCUCCUAGAUUAUUUUCAGCCUCUUACCGAGUGGCUGCGGAAUGAAAACCAGGGGAAAUUUGUUGGAUGGACCUGAAAGUCAUAGGGCUGGUUUGUUUUAGUUUGCAUUCUAUAAAAUACUGAACUUAUGGAUUAGGUUUUGGGCUGUUAUCAUAGUUCUUUCUUCACGUGGCAUAUCCAGAAUGAGAAGCCCUUAUUUGAAGGAGACUCGGAAAAUACAAAUACAUCUUUUAAUGGGUUUUGGAAUGCACAACCACGGAAUCUGCUCAACAAAGCAUCAAUAUACGAAGUUCU